GGGCGUGUUCAAUUCUGCUACCUACCACCUGCUGUGUUGUAUGUACUGACUGUACAGGUCUUCCAGUUACCUUACAGGUCGUAUACAAACACCCAUUUGCGGUCUGCAUGUCUGACAGAGUCGACACGCUCGGCCUCUAUCUGCUCGGCGCUUUUCGAUUUCCUGAUGGCCGCCCUGCGCGCGUUCACCGCCCGCAGUGUGUAACGAUACGCUACAUAACCGGUGAGGGCAACACCGACGAAUCCCAACGUCACCACCAGCGGCAGUUUGUACCCGGGUGCAUACUCGGCUCGGUAGAGCUGCGACCCGAUGGCGCCCGCCAGGUUUCCCAGCCCAUUCGCGCCCACCACCAGCGCCCUCUUCCCAGCCGUCGGUGUGUUGCCGCUGAGCCAGGCCACGGUGAGCGGGGGCGGCACGUAGCUGCCAAAAAGAAACACGCACAGCGACGCAUACUUGGCUGCGUUGCUGACCGAUCCGACCACCCCGACGAGUCCCCCCAGCGCCACCACCAGUGCUCCGACAAUGUGCCAUCCCCGCUCCCUGUGCCGAUCCGAGCUGGAUGCGAACAGGUAGAGCCCGACCGCCCCGCACACCGCUGGCGGCACCGACAUCUAUGUAGAAGGAGUUAGGCUUCUCGUUUCUUGCUUCUUGCCUUUGCACUUGUCACAUACCAAGUUUGCCUCGACCGAUUCGUACCCCAUACCCUGCACAACCAGCGGGAGGAAGACGGAGAAAGCCGUGACGGGCACGCUGGCGCAGAUGUUGAACACCAGCACAUACCACAGCUUCCAGUCCCUCAGCGUCUCGACCAGAUCCCGCCGGGUAAGGCUGGAGUAUUUGGCAGCAUUGGGUUCCACGCCACCGACUCGGUCCACCACAAACUGCCUUUCGCUGUGGCUCAGGAACCACGCGCCUCUAGGUCCCGUCGGUAGCCACAACCAUGCUACCGCUCCCAGCACGCAGGUGAGAAACCCCUCGAUGAUGAAGAGAAGCUGCCAUGGCUUGAGCCAGGCAUGGGAGACCUGAAAGAUGGCAUAUGCUGGUGGCAGUCAGUCCAUGUCAGCCCCGUCCUGCUUCGGUGUCGGGGGAGUGGGUUGAGGGCGAACGUACACAGGGCCCCCGAGAAGGCAGAUGCAAUGGCAUACUGUCCAUAAAACAGUCCAAUCCGCGUGGCCAGGUCGAACCGGGAAUAGAAAGAGCCAAGAUAAACGAUGCAUGUGGGGUAAAAGCCAGCUUCAAAGACACCGAUGAGGAGACGAGUCGUUAUCAGAGCCACUUGAGUACGUGAUCAAUGCCAAUGUCAGCGCCAUGGUUCUCGUGUUUCUUUUGGCCCCGUACCUUUUCCCCAGAUGAAUGCCUGAAUCGUGGUUAUGAGGCCCCAGCAGAGCUGAUCGAGUGGUUAGUCCUUGGCGGUAUACAUAUAACAACAGAACUUGGAGAGGACUGGGUACCAUCAUGAUGGGCAGCCACGUGCUCGGCCCCAGCCAUUGUCCCACUGCGGCCGAGGGCAUCUGGAACAGGACAAAGGUGACGAAAAAGAGCGACACUGCAAGGUUGAGAUCAUCCGGCAGGGCACCGAUGUCAUGCGUGAAGCCUUGGGUUUGCGCAUUGCCAAUAUUCCCCCUGUCGAGGCCGUUGAACAGAUACAGCAGCGAUAGGAGGGGGAGCAGGUACAAAUCCAUCUUUCGGUUGAUACGUUGCGCCUCUCUUUCGUUUUCAAGACUUGAUAUCCCCGAAUCUUGCAUCUCAAUGCUGUUGCUGCGAAGCGCGGUGGCGUGUGGAGAGCCAGGAAGCAACGGCGAAAGCACCCCUUGACUUUCGAAAGAGCUCCCAUCAUGUUCAAGGCGGUAUCUGUCAUCAGGGUGCUUCAGGUCAUGUCCUAUAGGGUAAUAGUUCGAAAUCGGGGCUCUGGAAGAGCAUGGAGAUGAGGAUGGCGGCGGUGAUCCAUCCUGGUGGCCGACGCUCAUUCUUCUUGCAGAGGUACGUUAUCAACCAAAGGUACAGCCUGCAUGCAGCUCCACAAGUGAUACAAACAAACUGCCUGUGUUGCAGCAACGACCACGAGCAGAGAAAGCCAGAAGCAAGACGCGAAGAAUCCAACCGAUGGUAAAAGCAAGAAUCAUCAACCUGGAAGGAUGACCUCGGGAGUGGCAAAGCCUGGGCCAUUACCCAUACUUCUUUAAGAGGUUGACCAACUACACACCCAACUCCCGCGGCAGAAUGACUGACGUGCUUCGGUCUUCUUUGUUGGUUGUCAAACACCCAACCGAAGUUCGGGAUGGUUUCCUUAUCCCGAGCCGAAUGCCCCAGCACCAGCCUUCCAAGCUCGCUUUCCCCAGCAGGUGUCAACCUUGGACUGUCGUCUGCGCUCGGGGACAAAGAGACAGACAGCUGACUCUCACUGUCGCACACAUCAUGUGAAUGCAGUCAGUAUGCGGUGUCACACUGAUCAGGAUGGCCUUCUCGUUCAUCCCAUCAUUGAUAAGAAGUGAUAGGGCCCGUGCUGGUCGCGUCGGAGUUCCAGGUUCCACUUUGAUGCGAUCUGCCAUGGGCGUGGCGCCCGCCUCAGCAGCCUUAUCCAUCGGCUACCUUAUCGUGCUUAUCAAUGGGGCACCCCGUUGAGGGCGUUGAGCCUGGACCCUGGGCGGCCACGCAGGCAGCUCUGCGACCGACCGAGUCAACGGUGCCUUGCCAUGUUCUUUGACGGGCACAAACAAAGGCAUUGUUUCAUGUUUUCCCAGUGAUGCAGGCGGCCUGUGUCGUGAGGUCGGUUGUGAGGCACAAACAUCAGACGACAGGGGUCUUGUCGCCAGAGCCAAGCCGAGACUUCCGCCCGCCUGUUCGGCCGUAUCGUUGAUAGCAACUAAAAUUAUGCCUCAGCAGCAAUGGCCCCAGAAACUGCCCCGAGGCACCUAGUGAAGAAGAAGUGCGAGAUGACGGGAGAGGUGCAGGUGGCCUGGGCUGGUCUGGAUUUGAGUGGAUUUGGCAGGAGACAUGGGGGGUUUUGCCAUCCCUUUUUACUGCGUUUGGCAGUUUGGACCCCUGGCUUGGCCACAGCAAAAAUAAUGAUUACGGCGGGGUCGUAUCCGAGUCGCGCAUCGCAUCGUGAACACUGCCCUGAGGGAAGGGGAGUUGGGUUCCUUCGUGUACCUUAAGGAAAGGAAGGUAGCCAACCAACCAACACACACGUUCCCCAGGCCCCAUCGAGUCGCUCAAUCGAUCGCUCGCUGCUGUCAAAUCAUUCCUCUUUUUGCCCUUUUUUUUUCUUUUGCUUUCCCUUUUCGUCCUUGUUUUCUUUUGGCAUCAACGUCGCCAUAUUCCUAUCAGAACAGUCCAAUCCCCGCUGGUGCUCUCUCUCACCGCCCUGACCGCAAACCGCCCCUCCAAUGCGAUCAACAGCAACCCGAUCGGCGUGAUUCUCCAUCCCCUACCUCGUCCACACACCAAGCAGGCCUGCCCCGAAUCUCACAGGGCGCCACGCUCUGAGCGCAGCGCAGCCAGCCAGCUCACCAAUUCGACCGUGUCUGCGACUUUGUUGUCGCUCUUUCGCUGCGUGCCCAUGGCCGCCUUCCAAAAUAUGCCCCAGGCAUGGCGUCGCCUCAUCUUUCUGAUCCCCGUUCUCAUCAUCACCCUCAUCCUCGCGUCGGGCUUGUACACUGGGUCGCUGCCCAAGCCGCGCAUGCCCAAGGUGGUGUUUGACGACAGCCAUGGCCCAUUCCAUUCCGACUGCCAGGCGAACCAUACUCCCCCGAACCUCGACAGCCUCCCGGACAUCAUUCGCGCGCUCUGGCAACCGCUCAUUCUGCCCAUCACGGCGCCCCGAUUCGUGACCCUCGACGGAACCGAAAAGCUGCUGCCUCCCCAGAAUGAGCUCGUUCACACGAAGCCCAUGGGGAAGAGGAUCUGCAUCCUCGACGUGGAUACGCGCGACCUGGCGGGCGAGGGAAGCAUUUUCUACAGCGAAGGCGUUCCACCCUGGGACAAGCUGGGCAGUCCGUCGGCAGGCUUCCUCAGCCACUAUCUCUACGCCCAAAUUCACGGCUACUCGUACAAGUUCAUCCGGGCACCACAGUAUGCCGACCGCGCCCCCCACUGGUCCAAAGUCAUCUUCACCAAGGAGCUCCUCAAGGAGUACGACAUUGUCGUCAUGAUGGACUACGAUGCCAUGUUCCCCUCCCCCGAGGUGCCGCUCGAGUGGAUGCUCAACUACUGGAAGAUCGACAGGGACGUCAUUGUGGCCAUGGCAGAAGAUCCUGCCGGUGAGCCCAACUUCGACGACUCGGAGAAGCACAAGGUCAACAUCAACUCUGGCUUCAUCAUUGCGCAGGCCGGGGAGAAAUCACAGCGCCUGUUCAAAGACUGGGCCGAAUGUCCCUCCGAGGUGCGCUACAAGGGAUGCGCCAAAUGGGCCCAGACUUUGUUCCACGAGCAAGCUGCCUUCAGCACCCACGUCCGCUACGACUUUUUGGAUGGCUACAGCAUUGAAACCCACCCGCAAUACAUCCGCAUGCUGCCGUGUCAGGAGGCCAACGGAAUUCCCGAAGUAUCCGGGUCUGGUUGUGUCGGACACCUCGUGCGCCACUAUUGGGGGAGGAAAGGCCUGACGAACCGGGAGUUUGGCCACAAUGUGAUGGCUGCCCUCACACCUCUGCUCGUGCAGGCCGCCUACAAAGAACCCGGCCAUGUGGAGGAUCUCCGGAGCAAAGUGCUCAAGGGCGCCGAGGUGUUGGAUAAGCCCCCAGCGAGGUGA